AUGAAUCUUCUACAAAAUGAGGAUCAAUCUCGAAAUGAUAGAAAAGAGGAUGCUUGGGAAGUUAAUGGCGAUUUGUCAAGGCAAACUAGCACCUGGACACUCCACGGGUUCUACUCUCAUUUCUCCGAACUCUAUUCUUGGUUAAAUAGCGUUCAGGAGACAAUAUAUGGGAAACAGGAAAAUAUUACAGACAAAGCUUUGCGGGCCCAUUGCGAGAAUAUGGUCCUCGAGAAAAGCUCUGCCCUUAAGUUAUUUAAUGAUCAAGCUAGUCACCUUGUGCAAUUGCAUCCAGAGGUUCAAGAAGAAGUUAGUUGGAGAACAAUGCAGCUGAACUCAAAAUGGGAUUCAAUUUUGAGUAUUCUAGGUCCCUGUGAGUCUUUAAGGUAUCAUAAGCAGUCUAGUUUACUAGAUCCAGAAGGAUUAAGGAUAGUAAAAGGUCUGUGCCCAGCAGGGAUUGCAACUCUCUAUCUACAAUCCAAAAUGGUUCUGGUUCCGUGUAGAAUCUCGGAUAAAGCUGCUACUAGACAUAAUUAA